UAUGGUGCUUCUGACAUGGUGGGAGGAGCAGAAAGAGCUGCGAGCGUGGGAGAAGGUGGUUCAAGUGCCAACCACAUCGACACAAACGCACUUCUUAUGCUGUGCGUAGUCAGUGGCCCUCGUCAGCCGCUGACCUUGUCUGCAACGUCCCUCGGCAUCAGUCGCAUCAUUGCGAUGGGAAGCGAAGGAGGCCUGGUUCGAAAGUAUCACGCGGAAAUCUUCAUACGGCGAGCUGGCCUUUCAGAAUUAUACGAAUCGUGCUCUUCCAUUUUCUCACUUACUAGGGUGUUCAUUCCAGAGCACGCUCCGUUGUAGCUUUUCUGCACCCUCUAAGUACUUGAGCAAUGCCUUGACAGCUACUUCCUGAUUCGCG